AAUAGACCGCCUGUUGUCGUCCUCCCCGGAUAUGGAUCUUUUAAAGGCACCCGCAUUAUACGCCACGCGCACCACGGCAGCACGCUCGAUAAACCUAUUGAUGCGUGGUUAGGCGUCGAGUAUGCCAAACAGUCCCGUUUCGCGCCUCCAGUCUGGCCAAAGCCUUUCAAUGGUACCAGAGACGCGUCAAAGUAUGGUCCGAUAUGCAUUCAGGGGGGCAAUCAGAACAUACAAUCAGAAGACUGUCUCAAUCUCAAUAUUUAUCGACCUGCCGGCAUCCCAUAUUCGAAGAAGCUCCCAGUCCUGGUGUUCUUUCACGGCGGCAGCUUUGUGAUGGGAAGUGGAAGGAACUUCGACGGUGCCGGCUUCGUGGCUAGAUCACCGGUAUCGCUUAUGGUCGUCACGGCGCAAUAUCGACUGAGUUCGCUGGGUUCUUUGCCAUCUGCGUUGUUUGAAGAGGAGGGCCUAUUAAAUCUGGGCAUUCAAGAUCAGCGCAUGCUGUUGCAGUUUCUGCAAAGGUACCUCUCGGUUUUUGGCGGAGACCCCAAGCGUGUCACGCUCUCAGGCCAAAGUGCUGGAGCACAUGCUGUGGGUAUUCACUUGUUUCACCACUAUGGGACCGAUGCUGGAAAACCUCUCUUUGCGCAAGCGAUUUUGUCUUCCGGGUCACCAACUGCGCGAUCUUUCCCGGAAGCUACAUACCCCUUGUAUAAGCGACAAUUCAAGGAGUACAUGGAGUAUCUGAAAUGUCCCUUGGCGCCUAACGCGGCGGCGUUGAGAUGCUUAAGAGGGGUGGAUGUUGAUAAGAUCAGGACGAAGCAGAGCCGGCUCUACGGCGCAAGCAACUACAAAAUAACUUGGCCCUUUCAGCCGGUUUCUCCUGGACCGCUUCUGGAAAAGCGCGGUUCAGUAUCUGGCGAGGAUGGGACUUUCUGGAAGAUCCCUACCAUGAUCUCGUCCUGCACCGACGAGGGAUCUUCCUUCGCACCGAAAGAUCUCGAGACAACGGAAGACUUUACCUCUUUCCUUCACAACGUAAACCCAGGAUUGACUGCCGAGGACCUUGUUGAUCUGGCGAGGUUGUACCCCGACCCAGACGAACCCACCAGCCCGUACUGGGACUCUCCAAAGAGCAAACAGUUCAAGCGUAUCGUUGCGGCAUAUGGUGAUUACUCGUACAUCUGUCCCGUUCAAGACGCGGCCGUUAGGCUCGCCGACGCCGGUGUACCCGUCUAUAAGGCCCGGUUCAACACUCCGAACUGGGGCAAGGACUGGGAGGGUGUCCCUCACGCAGCAGACUUUAUGUACUUCAACGGCAGCCCGGAUGUCCAGUUCCCGGAAGUCUCGGAGCUGUACAGUAGUUACUGGGCUAGCUUCGUGGCCACUGGUGACCCGAAUACAUAUGCUGCUCCAGGGGCUCCGAAGUGGGAGAUGUAUAAAGGACUAGGGAAAAGCCAGCUGGCUGUUGGAAGCCGGAAGGGGAUUAAUGGCACCCGGAUGGAACCGGAGGGCCAUGGUAUCCGCAUGCAGGCUUGUGCGUGGUGGAGAGAUCCGGAGCGGAUGAAGAGGCUGAGGAAAUGA